AUGUAAAAACAAAAUAUAAACUGAACUAUAAGUCGAUUUGGGAUUGUAAAACUGUUAAACAUGUUGGACAUAAUUGGAAAUAGCAGUACCGUGGAACCAGCAUUGAUAGCGGGUAUAUCAGCAGGAGCGCUAAUAGCGUCUGUUUCACUGCUCAUACUCUGCGUCUGCUGUAAACCAAAGGUUGCUGAGCAUAAAGCAAAGGUCGUCAAGAAUGUUGUCGCAGAGGAGGAAAUCAAAGCCAAUACGCUGAACAACAGAAAACCGAAAGAGAAGCCACGACCUCGUCCUUCAUCUAUGAUAUUAGAUGGGAGAACUCUUGGAAUAGGAAGAUGGGACGACUUGACUGAAAUAGCCGAGCAUGAAGACGAAUUUCCCGUUCAAUAUCGACAGAAGAAGACCAAGCCUGCAAGACCGCCUAACCCGCCCGAUGUGAUUCUGCAUCCGUCUUUGAUUUAUGCCCUGAGAGAAGGAAAAAGGGGCAAGAGGCCAGUGUCAGUAAUCGAGACACCAUCAAGUCCUAUCACCCCAAGGAGUCCUCCAACAUCCGCUUCGUUUGAAGAUCUCAUAAGACAAAGCCAAGGUCAAGAUGAAGCUUCGCCACAAUCAGCAAUAGACGGGAAUUCAGAAACUCCUCUCAGUGCGUUCCCGGUUUACAGAAACGGACCCGUGACAGAGAAGAUUAAAGAUGGCAGCAUUGUGUACUAUCGUGAUAGAAAAGACGCAAUGGACAAGAGUGGCAACCAAUUAGAGCAAAGACGGGAAUCACGUGCGCGAGUCAAAUCGUCAGAAGCCCCGCCCACUCAACACCUUCACGAGAAAUUGGAAAGACGAGUGACACCUUCGGACCCAGGAGAUUUGAAAGGACUCCCACAUUAUGACCGCAGAAGCGGGGAAUGGGAUAAUGUACCCCAACCACCAGCACCAGGGGCUGACUCACCCCCACCUAUCCCUUUGAGACGAUAUUUGGGUGAACACGAUAAAGAAACGGACUCAAUUGUAGGCGUGUCGCAAAGUGAUUGGUCAGAAGAAAUUCCACGUCUACAAAACCCCGCCCCUGGUGAAAAACAAAUCGUAGUUCAAAAUAAACAACUGGACAAAAUCGCUCAACCUCUAAACACUUAUCAGGUCAACAAAACACGUUCGCCCGAACUCGAACGAAGAAACCUCGAACCGAACUACUUACCGAAUUAUCCAAAUUACCAUGAUCGUAACUGGUCUCCUAUGAACCGACCAACCCCAACAACUCCCGGAUCGGAUAAUGUAUUCACCCCUACAGGUUCUGACAACAUGGCGUACAUAGAUGAACGCAAUCCACCUGCUGCUGCUUACUCCCUUAGAGAUUACAGGAAUAUCCCUAUACAUCCAGAUGCGCAGCGGUAUCGUCCGAGCAAUGGAGACGCUCGAGGAAGACCGAUGGACAACUACGACGAACGGCAACGCCAAUAUCUUCAACAGCGGCAACAAAAAGUCAACGCCGUCAUUCAGGGGAAUAUUCCUCUAGCGAACUACGACCCAAACCACGUACACUUACUACCAGGAGUAUAUCUGCGACCAAAGCCUUACUAUCCUAAUGGUGGAAUGCCGGAUCGAACAAAACGUUUCUCUGACGCUUCAGAUUACUCCGACAUGGUCUAUGAACGCCAGUAUUACGCCGACAGGGUUAGUAGGGAUUUCAAUCCAUACUUCCACCAGAAUAGAUGGUCAAUGACACAAGACCCAUCGUCGGGGGACGAGAUUCUAUUUCGUCGUCGCAAUUCUGAUUUCGUUCGAGAUGACAGCUACGCCCCACGGGUUCAUCAGCAGAGGAAACUACAAUAUAGACGAUCACUGAUCGAAGAAGAACAAUACGAUUCCGAUAUCGUCCGAGACUUUCCGAAACAUAGAAGAACAAGGAGGCUUUCAUCCGGGUAUCAAAGUCAAGGAAGCAAGUUGGAAGAUUUACUACCAGAGAAUCAACAUCAUAUAAAACACACAAGACACUCAAAUACCGCACCAAAUUUACCAAUAGACCACAUCGAACAUUACACAAAUGAGUUUGCACCGAUACCGGUGAGACCAAGGUCAUCUGAAGGUUAUUACAGGCAACGUAUUCAUGACUACCAUCAUCAACCACCGCAUUCAGUUACUUCAAAUGAACAAGCAUUAUCUGCGUACCAUCACAACCUGUCACCUUUGACCCAGGAAGUACCUGGGCAGUUCACUCGCCCUUCCGGAAACGCGCGGAUGGGGUUUUCUGCUCCAGAAGGGUCUCUCGCACACACCAAUCAACAAAGCGAAAGAAAGACUAUACCAGCAUUUCCCACUGUAGUACCACCAAUCCCUUCCGAGCCGCUCGGGCCCGUGAAUCAAAUAUUGUCGCCUUCGCAAGAAGUUACGUCUAAAAAAUCUAACGAUUUCGUCGAAAAUCAGACUAUUUUGAUUCAAUCCGACGGGCAAAACCAUAUAGAUAAGUUAACAGACGAAAUGUCACCUUUGAAGACAAGCGACUUGCGCACCGUUGACGAAACUUCAGUACCUUCAAGUGCACAUCCUCCACUGAAAAAACAAUUAUCGAACGAGUAUGGAAGUCUAAUUGACGUGUUAUAUCAAUACAAGCAAAAUGUUCGGAGUUCGAGGAAAAAGGAAAAGCCAUUAGAGUCGCCAGAGAGCCGUUUGAGAUUCGAACGCGAAAAAUUAAAAAUGAAAUUGAAAAAAGAGCUUGGGCCGCGGCAUAGGCAGUCUGACAAUUUGGAAAUGGUUAUUGAAACUUUACUUUAUUUGUGUGAGACUGGAGAUGCCAAUACUGUGGCCAAGAGAAGGCAGCGUGAAAAUAACAGCAAACCGAAAUCUAGGCCGAAUUCAGCAUUCGUCUUAUACGCAGAUGACACUUAUCAGCACCACUGUGAUGGAACUAAAAACAGAGAUAUAGACAGUAGUGACGUAACAGAGAAAGGACAAUCGACGACAGCAACAAACCAAAAUGUCGUCAAGGAAACUACUUCUCCGUUGCCAUUUCAAAAGAGGCGACGCUAUCAUGACUAUCAGGAAAUUGAAAUUCCGAAAACGGCUCCACCUAUCGUUCGCAGAACAGAAUUUUCAUUUCCAUCUGAAGAAGAGCUCAAUCGUAUUUUAGAGCAGUCAGACCCUACACCCCCUAUACCUCCUCCGAGAAGAAACAGAAAAACUAAAAAAGAUAAUAUUGCUGUGUCGUUACCACUGUCGCCUGCGUCUUCCAAUGAUAACCAACAGACUAACCUAUCUCCUCCGUCCAUUAGCGAGUCAGAAAUUGAAAAAGAAAAAAAAUUGGGUAAAAACGACACAAAUGAUAUCGAUGCAUACGCUAAAAUAACACGAAAGCAUCGAAGAAGUUCAUUGCCUAGUAUGCAUUUAACAGAAAGCGAAUUGAAAUGGUAUACAGAGAUUGGCGGGGCAAAUGAAGGGAAAAUAAACAAACACAGAGGCAAAUUUGAGAAAAACGGAAGAGAGGCAAUGGAGUCGAAAUUCAAAUCUACUCGAGAAAGAAGGGAUUCGCAAAGAUAUGUUAUACCACCAAAACCAAAAUUGGUUGUUCAUGAAAAACUUUUGGAAAUUGAAAUGAAAAGUUCAGAUGAAGAUUUGAAUCUCGAUGACAUUCAUGUCGACGAAAAAACAGACGCUGAAGACAUUAUUAAAGAGAUUGAAAGACGAAUGUCCGAACGAGAGAAUUUGGAAAAUACAUCAGAAAGUAAGCAAUCUCAACAAUCCCAUAGCUCACACAAUAUCAAACGCAGUGUUCCUUCUGAUUCGGACAUGGGCACAUGGAGCAGUGUUGCUUCGAGUGAACUUCCCCCGACUUCCCCCAGGAAAAGAUUGAAUCGUUCAGAAGGGAAAUACCCAAGUAACGAAAGCACACCUUUUACAAGCCCCAUUCAUAUGAGUGAUGGUUUUCACACGCCACCGCCAGAUGGCGAAAGGGUCCAAAAAGUAUACUCUCCCCCUAUUCAACGAAGAAAUGAAUCAUUAUCACCGGUUCGUAAUGUAUUUCAUACUCCUCCCACCACCCCUCACACUCCACAUAGACAGAGUCCACUCAUAUCAGGCAGCCGCUCGAUUUCAGAGACAAAUGUCGCACUAAUGGGGCGACGGUCGUCUUCUCCUACGCAACAAUUGACUACUAAUAAAGCGAUUGCGCAAUUCAACCCCAGAAAACAACAACACUAUUCAAUUAAAAAUAGCCCGUUACAACACAGGAUGAGUUUGACACCUAAACCAUCUUCAAUCCCCGCUACCCCCACUUACCCCCUCGGAACUUCACUUAAAAGAUCCUCCUCAAAAUAUGCCCCCAAAUUACCAACAACCACUUUUGUGAAAUCGAAAUCUGAAGACUCCCCAUCAAGAUGGGACGAGCGAAAAAGAACGUCACGACGAGGAGAAAUCAUAUCUUUACCAGACGACAACGAGUAUUCAAUUCCUUGGGACUGUCAGCAUCGUGACGUCACUAAGGCUGCAAUCUCACCCAACCGUGACAUCCCAAGUACACGUGGCCAUACAUCAUACAGGAUUCCCCAUUACAAAAGUUCUCCGAAAUUGGCGUUAAGUCGUUCAGAUAAUAUUGGAUUUUUCCCUAUUACAGAGGAUUCGUUAUCAAACAAUGGUAGCGAUUAUGACGAUUAUGCUUUUCCGGUGAAUUCCCCAGUCAGUUCUUUAAUCAAACAAAAGAAGUAUUCAAGAAGUACUGAAAAUAUCUUGAAAGAUUACGGUACAGAACUGUAGCAAAGUUUAAAACAAUAAACCUAAACGAUACCCAUAACCCAAAAUUAAGAAAGAGCAAUGCACAAAAAUAUGGACACGAGAAUCGGUACCGGUACUGUCUUAGCUGAGCAUCGGCGGACAAGCGUGGGGUAAUAAAGUGUAGAAAAGGUGAUAAAAGUGUUACCAUGAAUUGAAACAAGAAGGCGAUGUUCAAGUAUAUGGGCACGAAAGCCAAAACGAAGUAGUACGAGUAUGCAAUCUGUCGGCAAUCUUCACGACUAAGGCAAACGCGGAACCGACACAAGGUGCGCAAUUUCAGAUGACGUCAUCGCACAAAAUAAAACGAAUUCCAUAGAGCCCAAAAAAAUUUUGAAUCAAAUAAAAGUAAUAAAUAGCCUUCAAGCCAAAAAUAAAAUCUUUAACCACUGAAAAGUUCAAAGCAAUUGUCCAGUAAUUACCGA